GAAGAAGUGCUGCAAGUACAUUUUGAGGAAGCUAAGUUUAAGUUAAUGACUGACUUCGGAUUCGUUAAGUCAAUGCAAUGAAAUUAGGAAAUAUUUGUCUCUUUUUAUCGCUGUUUGGGGUGUCCUGUUCACAAGACGAUGGCAUGGUAUACUUACCUGGUGGUAGCUUCAAAAUGGGAACAAAUGAAGCUGAUGGGCGAGAUGGCGAGUCACCCGUCAGGGCUGUGACAGUGAAACCUUUUAGAUUGGAUACAUAUCCAGUCACCAACUCAGAUUUCAGGAAAUUCAUCAAGGAACAAAAGUACAAAACGGAGGCAGAGACCUUCGGAUGGAGUUUUGUGUUUCAAGAUUUUGUGUCGGAAGAGGUGAAGGGCAGAAUCACACAGAAAAUUGAGUCAGCACCUUGGUGGAUCCCUCUUGAGAAGGUGUUCUGGAGACAGCCAACAGGGCCAGGCUCUGGCAUUAAAGAGCGACUGGACCAUCCAGUGGUGCAGGUCAGUUGGAAUGAUGCUCAGGCCUAUUGCAAAUGGAGGAAGACAAGACUGCCGACUGAGGAGGAGUGGGAAUUUGCUGCUCGCGGGGGUCUAGAUGGGAGGAGCUACCCAUGGGGCAACAAAUUCAUGACCAAUCGAACCAACCUAUGGCAGGGGGUAUUUCCAGAUGGAGAUUCAAAAGAAGACGGUUACCAUGGCAUCUCACCUGUCAAUGCAUUUAUCCCCCAGAAUAGCUACGGCCUGUAUGACAUGUUGGGGAAUGCAUGGGAGUGGACGGCCACACGCUUCCCUGGAGCUCAGCUGAUGUACGUCUUACGCGGGGCCUCGUGGAUUGACACGUCUGAUGGCUCAGCUAAUCACAAGGCUCGAGUGACAACCAGAAUGGGGAACACUCCAGAUUCUGCCUCUGAUAACUUGAGUUUCCGAUGUGCUGCUGAUAAAAAGAAAAAGAAGUCACAGACUGAACUCUAAACCUAAUGGAGACUAAUGGACAGAGCCAAUUUUCUCCUGUGGAGAUUUGCAUUGUGAAGCCAACCUUCUCUCCCGCAUUUCUAAAAUGUUAAUAUCUUUGUCAUUUUUUUUUAUGAAUUUUCAAAAGUUCUGUGUUUUUCUGUGUAUGUAAAUGCAAUAACCAUGGAUUAACCAUAGAUUAAUAAAUGAAUUAUGUAUGCAAUAUGAA